GUACAUUCUGCGCAUUUCGUUCGGUACAUUUACAAAAUUGCAUUCUCUCAUUCAUUGUCUCUAUAUGCCAAGUGCAACGCAACAAUUUUAGAAUCCAAAAAGUGAAAAUAGUUGUGUGAAGAAGAAGAAGGAGAAGGAAGAGAAGAAUAAAAUAAGAAGAAAGAGGCAGACAAAAGUAACAACACACUAAGAAUGAAAAGUGAAUUUACAUGCGAGUGAAAAUUGAAAUUAAUUAACGAAGAAUCUUGUGGAGAAGAGAAAUAAAAACCACAGCGAUAGUGCCACGUUUGCGAGAAAUUUGCAAACAGUGAAAACAAAAGCGAUAAGAAAAAGUUGGCAUUGGAUAAACUGGAAUAAACAAAACCAAAGCAAAAUAUAUUAAAAUCAUGAUGUUCACGAAACAAAUCAUACUAUUUGCAUCGAUAUUUGCGGUGAUUUGUGCAUCGAAAGAGCAGUCAAAUGACGGUGGAUUUGUGACAGCCGAAAGUAAUCACAUGUAUAGUCAACCCAUUCAAGACAAUAUUGCUGCCGAAUCAGAAGUUGCAAAACGUGGUGCGGCCAUUGCAACAUCGUCCAUUUCCACUAGCAACGAAAAUCAAGGACAAAGCUCACAAAUUGAUGUUGGUACAAACAGUGGUUCGGGAUCAGGCGGUGUAAUUAGUUUUACAACACCAAAUAGUUUCCAACAAUUCUUUUCGCCAACAUUCGGACAAUUUGGAGCAAUUUAUGCGGCAUCUUUAACUCCAUCAGCAUCCGGAAAUUCGCCGCAGAUUUUCUAUGUGCGUGCACCAUCACAAUACGUGGCUCCAAGUGGUGUUGGAACAAUCAAACUAUCGUACACAUCGAAUCAAGCUCAACCACAAACAAGUAUACAAUAUGCAUCAACAACGCCCAAGGUUGCAUACGCGAUUACACCCAAUCAAUAUCAAUUGGCCGUAGCAGCUACACAACCAAAUUCGUACACAUAUGCACCACUUGCAAUUGCUAGUCCGUACACAACAGGCGCAUACACAAAUGCCAAUGGUUAUUUAAAUACUGCCACCUCUGCCGCGACCAAUAUUGCUCAAUUACCACCUGCUGCACUUCAGCAAGGUCAAAUUAUUCCAUAUACAGCAUCAUCUUCGAAUGGCUACAUUUUGUCACAGUCACAAUUACAACAAUUACAACAAUUGGGCAUUCCAGUCGGCCCACCAUAUACAACACCAGCACCAGUCGCCCCAAGUCAACCGAGCGUGCCAAGCGUGCCGAGCGUGCCAACCGUUCCAAGUGCACCAAGCGUAAAACCCGGAACAGCCGUUGUCAGUCCAACACCCUCCGCUUAUUAUUCGGGAUAUUCUGCGAUACCAGCUAGCCAAGCCUAUCAACAAGCACCGACAUUCCUUUCAUACCAAAAUGCUGGACUGAAUUAUGCGACUGCUCAAAAAUUGGUGGCCGUUCCAUCGUAUACUCAAGCUGCAUAUCGUCCGUAUGUGUCACCAACAGCGGCUACUGCUGCAACAGCCUACACCAAUGCUUAUGUUCAACCAACAGGAAUCUCACCAGUUAAAUAUACCUUGGCCCAACCAACAAAUUACUACAGUUCAGCGUAUGUACCAAAAGUGGCUUAUGCGCCAUCGUUGAGUGCAACAUCGUCAACACCAUUCGUCACAUCGUUUCAACAAGGCCAAGCUAGUCAAGCCUUUCCAUCAGCUCAAGCUACAAAUACGAACGGUGCCAUACAAUAUGCAUCGCAAAUAUAUCAACCAUCAUUGACUGGGACAAAGUACGGAUACCCAACCGCACAAAAAUACUUCUACGCAUCAUCGUAAUAAAUACAAAACAAAAAUCAUUAUCGUCAUCAUCAGCACAUAACAAAAACCACUUCGAGAAAUUAAUUGAAAACACAAACCGACAUUGUUAAUUUAAACCAAAAUUGAUUUCGCAUACAUUUUGAGAUUGUCGCAUAAAUUAUAACAACAGCAAAUGCAAAUUCAACCAAAAAAAAAUACAUUCUACACGCACUCACGCAAAGAGAUUCGAAAAACAAAAUGAACGAAUGAAAGUAUUCACUCAUCUUAGAAUCUAAGAAUUAAUUAAUUUUGAAACAAGUAACAAAACGUUGUAAAAAAAAGGAAAACGGAAAUGAAAAUAUGUAAUAUUCUGUUUAAAUAAUCGAUAUGAAAUAAGUUAAGUAGAACUGAGACUUUGUUCUUUUUUAUUUGGCUUGAAACACUUAUACUACUGUCUAUCCAUCUUCAAAACAAAAAAACGCAAAAUACAUUUGCGAUGAUUGUAUUCUAAGUUUAGAUAGAUUGAAAUUGUUUUAUAAUUGAGCAAUGUAACAUCGAAAUGAUGAGAUGUUUCACGAAUAAAAUUCUGUUUUUAGACAGGCUCUGUGGAAAUAG